AUGGACAACAUCUUCAAGAUACUCGACGAAGACAGCGACGCAGAGCCUGUAUCAAUCCAAGAAAAGGUAAAAGAAGCCAAAACCAUCACCAGAAGCGGCAUUGAUAAAUCUGAAAUCCCAAUCAAAUCCAAAGCAAUCGUAGGCAAGAAGUCAAGGAUGCUCAGAAAAGGAAAAGACAGAGAUAAUAUGAUCGAAAACAAGUACUUAAAAAAGCAAAAGAAAAAUUCUCUGCGACAAAAAGCCAAGCAUUCCUAUUAA